AUGGAGUUCGAGACUAGAACCAGAUCCGUGUUUGAUCGUCUCGGAGGACCAAAACGCCCUCAGUUCAAGAGUCAAGUGACUCCUCGAGUAUGUAGUUUUUGGCUUGCUGGCAAGUGCAAUAGGAACUACUGUAGGUUUCUCCACCCGGGUUUACCCAAAGUACAACCUUCGAGUGGCGAUCACCGCAGAAAUAAGUUCACUUACUCUCUCAAGAAUGAUGCCAGGGAGUUUGGAGUUAAUGAUGUCGCCACCAUCCAGAAACAGGUUUUGGUUGCUGGAAAAUCCAGCCUUGUUGUUGGAAGUAAGAAUGUGCUAAUGAAUGCCAAGGUUUUGAGCGCUGAAACAUCUGGCUCUGUUAUUGAACAUAGGGGUGGAAGAAUUAUAACACUCAAGAAGGGAUCAGUAAUCCCUAAAGCUGAUGACAAUGGUGUGAAUCAGAAAAAGGUGUUGACCGUGGAGAGAUCUGGCCCUGUUGUUCAAAGGACAAAGGUAACUACUCCAUCGUCCAACAUUGUUUUGGAUUCUGAUUCUGAAGCUAAAAAUUCGGUGGAAAAGGUGCUGACUGAUGAGAGACCUGGCCCUGUUGUCCAGAGCAAAAAUGCCGAAGUUCCAUCAUCCAACCGGGCUACAGAUUCUGGUAUUAAAAGUGCUGCGGAGAAAGAGUUGACCAGUGAGAAACCUGAUCUUGUUGUCCAAAGCAAAAAUGCCACAGUUCCAGCAUUCAACACUACUAUGAAAUGUGAAGUUCGAAGUGAUACAACUAGCCCUGUUGUGCAGAGUAAAAAUGUACCAGUUUCAUCAUCCAACAAUGGUACGAAAUAUGAAGUUAAAAGUGAUCCUGCAAAUCAGAAAAUGGUGAUGACCACAACAGAGUCUUGCUCUGCUGCUGAAAGUUGUGAGAAUACAGGACUAACAUUAUGCCAAGAUUGGGUUGUUGGUAAUUGCCUUAAAGAAUGUAUUGAGACGUUGAAAGCACAUAAGGAAUCGGUGACUUCUCUCGCAUUCUGGGACAGAUACCUGUUCUCGGGAUCAUUGGACAGCAGCUUGAAAGUGUGGGGAGUGGCUGAGAAUGGAAGCUUGGCAGUAAUCUUUGAGAUGAAACAAGAAAGUGGGAUUCUGGCACUAUGUGGGAUAAACAAUGGAACAAACAGACCAGUCCUGCUUUGUUCCUGUAAAGACAACAUUGUCCGGGUGUAUGAUUUGCCAACAUUUGCAGGGAGGGGAAGAACCUUUUCAAAUGGAGAAGUUCAAACACUUGAGAUUGGCUGUGGAGGUCUAUUUUUCAGUGGCGAUUCUACAGGACGAGGCUUCGUCGAAUUCGUCGCUCGGGCCCUCCUCCACCGCCCCACCACCAUCCCUCUUCGGAACUUCCAGUUGACUCUGUAUUACUCUCACAAUCACCGCCACCGAUCUUUCGUUUCUUCUUUUAUCCCUUACGCCCUUGACUGCAAAUUCGACGAUCUUGAUCUCAAUCUUAUAGAUACCGGUGAUGAGGAAGAAGAAGAACACGAGGACAACGAUGAAGCCAGCGGGUCGAACCCCACUCUGUAUCAUUUCCAUUUAUGUGAUCUCAGUAACGGGUCUGUCAAGCGUUUGACGUUAUGCCGCUGUGAGCUUAUCAUGUCUUGUAACGAUUCAUUUCGGUUUGAGUCCCUCAGGGUGUUGGACCUUGCUUCUGUGGAGAUUGCUGAUGACUCGCUUUCGGAAUUGAUCAUGAGGUGUCGGAAUCUUGAGAGGCUUUCUCUUGAUGGCUUUCGUGAAAUGAAGAGGAAGUUCAGGGUCAUCUCUGAAUCUCUUAAGCAUCUUCAAUUGAGGGUUUACUAUGGUGCGGGUGAUGAAGAAACCGAGUCCUCAAUCGAGAUACGGACACCAAAUCUGUCCACCAUUGAUAUCAUCCACUUUCAUGUCGCGAAUUAUACUGGGGACUUGUCCUCUGUGAUCGAGGCCAGACUGAUUCUUGAUAAGGACCCGUAUUAUUCUCAAGACUCCUGGAACAGUGCCAUGAACUUAUUGAUUGGAGUCGAGACGCUCUUCGUGCGGAAUAUGUGGCUACCGUUUUUGUAUCCCAAGUUCCAGUCUGGCGAAUACCUUGUACUGAGGAGGCUCAAACAUUUGGAAAUGAAAACACGGUACACAAACAAUGACAUGAUGGGGAUAUCUUUAAUGCUUGAAGUAUCCCCUGUUCUGGAGACUUUGGGAGACUAUCUGGUAAAGUUUGAGGAUGGCAUGUAUGGUUUUAAGAUUCCUAGUCUUCAAGAGGUCAAGUUGAAACGGUUCAGGGCUACAAAUGCUGAAAUGUUCAUUCUGGUCCUCCUACACUUUCAUAAGGUGGCUCUAAAGAAAGUUCUUUUGGCACCUGUAAUUGAUGAGGAGACUUACCAAAGUGGACCUGUGGUGCUCGAUCCCGCUGUGACUGGAUCGCGGUUCUCGCUGCAUUGA